CAAGCAGCCGUUUCAUAAACAGUCACAGGGAAAUUUAAUACUGAAACUCACUGAUACACCCCACAAGGAAACAUAUUUAAAGACAAUACAAAAUGAAAAAUCAGAAGAACUACUUCCCAAAGACGGGCUAUUUCCAACAGAAUUCCUCUGAGGAAGCCGACCGAACCUAUGGCCUCCUCAAGGCAAACAGACUGGGCACCCCGCUGCCAUCGGCCGCAAAAAAUUUAAACACCUCAGAACUGACACAAAAGUUAAAUAUGGAACAGCGCAGGAGCUUAUUGUCCCAAAUUCUGGACCCAAUGGGCAGCGAGUCAUCCCGGUCAUCAGACCUGUCCAUGCCGAGCGUACCGCCAAAGUCGGGCAUGUCCUUUGCGAUGAAGAGGAAGUUAUUCGACCAGGCGGAGUUCACCAUAACAAAGGGAGUCAAGAUGAGCGAUUACGCCCACCCGCUCGACCAUGUUGGGAAAUUUCAGUUUUUGGAAGGUUCUUCGCCCUACGAAUCCGAAGAUUAAGGUUGCAAUAUUUUUUGUACAUUUGUAAUGUGCCGAAUUAAAAUUAAGCUCACAAAGGCGCCUCAAACUAUA